AUGCCUAAGAAGUACAUGGGCAUGAGCGGCAAUUCCCUUAAUUGGGCAAUUAGCACGAUUGCCGGAUGCGAUUUCCUGCUCUUUGGUUAUGACCAGGGUGUCAUGGGCGGUAUUCUGACGCUGCCCAUUUUCCUUGAGCAAUUCCCCCAAAUCAACGAUCUUGCCGACGCCCGUAACAUUGACCAGCUCCCCGGUACUAGAUCGCAGCGCAGUCUCAACCAAGGUAUCGCUGUCGCAUCUUACAACCUAGGAUGCUUUCUUGGCGCAGUCAUCACCAUCUUCAUCGGAAACCCGCUCGGUCGUCGCAGGAUGAUCUUCCUCGGUACCGCCAUCAUGACUGUUGGCGCAGCUCUCCAGGCCUCUGCAUUCACCAUUGAACAUUUCAUCAUCGGCCGUAUCAUCACUGGUAUUGGUAAUGGCGGCAACACGUCGACUGUUCCCAUGUGGCAAUCGGAAACCUGCUCAUCGCACAAGCGUGGCAAGCUGGUCAUGAUUGAGGGUGCCCUGAUUACCUUUGGUAUCAUGCUUUCCUACUGGAUUGAUCUUGGCCUGUCUUUUACCGACACCUCCGUUUCUUGGCGUUUCCCCUUGGCUUUCCAGCUCGUUUUCUGCAUCUUCAUUCUCAUGUUCGUGCUGGGUCUGCCCGAAUCCCCUCGUUGGCUGAUUCUGAAGGGUCACGAGCAGGAAGCUCGCAACGUCAUCGCUGCCAUCGCGAACAAGGAGGUUGAGGACGUUUUUGUUGAGAACGAGUUCCGCGCCAUCAAGGAUACCGCUGUAAAGAGCGCCGGUGGAUACGGCGAAGUUUUCCACAUGGACGAGAACCGUACUCUGCACCGUACUAUUCUGGGUUACGUCAACCAAAUGUUCCAACAGAUCUCUGGUAUCAACCUCAUCACGUACUAUGCCGCCAAGAUUUACGCCCAACUGGGCAUGAGCCCAUUCCUCGCUCGUUUGCUUGCUGCUCUGAACGGUACCGAAUACUUCAUUGCUUCAUGGCCUGCUGUCUUCCUCGUUGAACGAGUCGGACGCCGCAAGCUGAUGCUUUUCGGUGCUGUUGGCCAGGCAGUCACCAUGGCUAUCCUCGCUGGUGUUAACUCGCACAAGUCUGACGCUAGCCGAAUUGCCGGAGUCGUCUUCCUCUUCGUUUUCAACACCUUCUUUGCUAUUGGCUGGCUCGGCAUGACGUGGCUGUACCCUGCCGAGAUUACUCCCCUCCGUACCCGUGCGCCUGCCAAUGCUUUAUCGACUUCUGCCAACUGGAUCUUCAACUUCAUGGUCGUCAUGAUCACCCCUGUCUCCUUUACCAACAUUGAUUAUCACACUUACACCAUCUUCGCCGUCAUCAAUGCCAUCAUGGUGCCCUCGGUCUAUUUCUUCUUCCCCGAGACUGCCUACCGCUCGCUCGAAGAAAUGGACAGCAUUUUCCGCCAGGUCACCGGCUUCAAAGGUGCAUUCGAUGUCGUCAAGGUCGCGCGCGAAAUGCCCCACCGCUACGGCAAGAAUGGAGAGCUUCUCAUUGCAUACGACGAGGCCGCGGAAAAGGCCGAGGCCGAGCAUGCAAGCGGCAGUGUCAGCGACAACAGCGCAAGCAACAACAAUCCCAUGUUCACCAAGACGGACGAGGAGACAUCGCGUCCGCAGGAAAAAUAA